GUACGGCGGAGAUGUGGAAGCUGAGCCGCAACCGGGUGCUUCUGGAGGAGCCUCCGGAGGACGAGGACGGGCUGCGGGGGGCGCCGGCGGCGGCGGCAGCUCCGGCCGCGGCUCAGGGAUCAGGUUUUCGUGGUUGGAAAGAAGUAACUUCUCUGUUUAAUAAAGAUGAUGAACAACAGCUCCUCGAGGGAUGCAAAUCUCCCAAGUCCAAAGCAGCUAACUUACGAUUAAAAGAAGAGUUGAAGGCAGAGAAGAAAUCUGGAUUUUGGGACAAUUUGGUUUUAAAACAGAAUAUCCAGCCUAAAAAACCAGAUGAGAUUGAAGGUUGGGAGCCUCCAAAGCUUAUUCUUGAUGAUGUGUCUGACACAGGGGAUGCCGUGAGUGGUUGCCCACCCUGGCCAGACUGGGAGGAUGACACCAAGCGCUCCACCAAGUACACCAGCCUGGACAGCUCAGCCAGCAGCUCACGCUGGAGCCUCCGGUCGGCGGGAAAGCUAGUCAGCAUCAGGCGGCAGAGCAAGGGCAACCUGACAGACGCCUGUGAGGAGGUGGAGUGAGUAGGGACGUCACAUCACCUUUAGGGUUUUAUGGGCCUGUGACCUUCUGCUAGUGCACCAUUCAGUUGUUGAGCCCUCCCACAUUCAAAAGUAGGAAUCCACCGAGUGCCUGCAUUUCAUGCUCAAUGACCCUCAUGCACCGAGGCUCCCAGUUGGCACUUGGCUGCCUUGUUGGGAAAACAUCGACCUGCUGCGGUCUGUGUCUGCUGAAACUGGACUUGUUAACCUUAGCUGCUGCUCCAUGAGAUAGAAUAACUAUUUUCAGGCCCCACAGAGUUUCAAGCCAGCCUCAGCUACCUUGUCUUUUUAAGAACCUCCACACCUUCUCCCUGCAUGUGACGCGGGUGCUGCUGGGACUUGUAAGGACCACGACUGUGAUGCCCUCUCCCAUUGCCAGACACAAGACAUAUCUUCCAAAGGUUAUGGUGAUUUUGUUUAACCCUAAGUUAAACUUUUUUUCUUUUUUACUAAAUUAAAAAACAACCAAAUGCUAGUACUAAUGGCAAGUUGUUUGAGGUCGAGUGUCAGGACCUUAUGAGUGGUCCAUCUGCUACCAAGGAAAAACGGCGUUCAGUGUAUACUUGGGUGGCGGUAGUGGGUCUUAAAGAAUUUUAUUUUUACUUUUCUGAACUUACAAACAGUAUUCUUUAUUUUCUUCAAAAAAAAAAAACAACUGGUUUUCUUUUUAACUU